AAAGAUAUAGAGGGUUUUGAAGGAAAGAAUAUUAAGUGCUCAGAGGGAGAGGAAAUAUCCUCAAGAGGGGAGGGCAGAAUGACUGAACAUAAUCAGCCACAAUUAGAUUUCAAUAUGGAAAAGAAAUUCUAUGAACUCCAUUUAGGCUGCGAAAGCCAAGGGGACCUUAAUAUCCCCUUUGGGAUCCCUGCGUCCAUCUUGGUAAAUAAGCAGAAGACAGUGACAGCAGGAGAGGAUUCUGGGAUGUGUGAUGAGAGGACUGCAUUUUACACUGCUCUCGCCUUUGUGACAGUUGUUUGUGUUGUUAUAACAGGUACUGGACCCAUGGUGACCAACCCGUGUGAAUCUGUCACAUGCGAGCACGGAGGUGUAUGCACCGUUCAACAAGGCAGGGGUGUUUGCACAUGUAAAACGUGUCCCGAUGACGAUAAACCGGUCUGUGGAAGCAAUGGCAUUACAUACCCUAAUCUUUGCAAGCUUGAAAAAGAAAACUGUGAGCUGAAAAGAAGUGUUAAGGUGAACAAGUCACAUGAUGGCCACUGCCCUGGUUGUGGUCCUAACCCGGAGUGUGAGUUUAAUUCUAUCUGUGUGGCCGACAGCAGGGGCAAUGCCAAAUGUUUGUGUCAGGAGGACUGUCAGCAGACUACCAACAAAGUAUGUGGCACAGACGGCAUAACUUACAACAAUGAGUGUGAACUUCAGUUGGAAUCUUGUCGAAAGAGGACACCAAUACAUGUCCGUAGGCAGGGCGCAUGUGGUGAUUGUUCAAAUAUACGGUGCCUGUACAAUGCCACCUGUCAAAAUGGCCGCUGCAUUUGUCGCGAAGAUUGCCCAAAUCAUUACGACCCCGUUUGUGGCUCAGAUGGAGAGACCUAUGAUAACGAAUGCGAGAUGAAUCGGGAAGCAUGUAUUACCAACACUGAGAUAAGCAUAGACCAUCAGGGUGUUUGUGAUGAGCUGUCUGGGUCAGGUUCAGGAGAAACAGUAUGUGAAGAAACUACAUGUCGCUUUGGUGGAGUUUGUGACUUUGACGCAGAAGGAAAUGGAUGUGUCUGUAAAACAGAUUGCCCGGCCAUUGGGUCGCCAGUUUGUGGCAAUGACGGCAAGCGGUACAUGAGUAAAUGUCACUUGGAAGUCGCCAUGUGUAAACGCCAGAGAGAGAUCAAAGAAGUACCAUGCCCUCCUUCGAUUGCCUGUGAUGGAGAGACGCCGUUGGUCAACCCAAGAACUGGCAAAGACUAUGACUGCAGCAUUGACAGUCUUGAUGACCCUUGUCCAGCUAACAGUUACUGCCACAAGGGACCAAAGUUUGCCAAAUGUUGUUUGGAAGUUACAAAGCCUAUUCCUAUUCCU